AUGCGCAAGACUGAGUCACGCCGUCGAGAAGUUUGGCAGUCAGCUGUCAAGCUGGGGCUAGAUCGUCAGUCAACAUCUACUUCUUCCACGCAUCGAAUGAUGUGUCUUUUCGGGAAAAACAAAUUACCCAUCACGGCAGCUCAAAGCACAACACUGUAUGGCAUCUAUUCUAACUACACAACAUCUAUCCGAAUUGCAUUGAUUGCAUGGGUAAUUGACAUGGACCGCAUCUACGCAAAGGUGUAA